AUGCCUGCAGUGUCGGCAUUGCUUCGAUUUGGAAAGUACAAGAAGAUAUUGUGUAAAGCUGACAAAGCAAAAGGAAUUUCGAAACCUGUUCCGGUUCAUCGUGUUACCGAGGCGAAAAUCUGUCCUCAAAAAGGUUUGUUAAACUUAAGGUUCACCAUCAUUGGAUUUCUUCUGUGAUAAAAUCUGACGAUAACAAGAAAGUUGUGCAUUGAAAGAGAUACAACGACGUGAAAAAUACAAGCAGAACCUCAACGUUUUGAGCAAAAACCUUUCAACAGGAGGUUAGUAGAGAAGAAGGGCAGACGAACGACUUGCAAGAAGGGCAGACGAACGACUUGCAAGAAGGGCAGACGAACGGCUUGCCGCUUGAAACGUUGAAGUUCUGCCUUAUAUUCUUCAGGUAGUUGUAACAGCUACAAGCUAGAUUACAAGGUCACAAGAAAAAAAAAAAUUUCCAUCAAUGGGUUUUGAAUGGUUUUUAAAAAUUUACUAUGUAUACUAUGAAUGGAAAAGCUAAACUCUUACCAUGAUUGGUUAUUCAUUUUACAUUCAAAAACCGAUUAAUGAAGAUUUAAAUUUUUCAUGUGGUUGUCACCGGAUUACUCUACUGAAGUUUACCUUUUUAACUUUUAACAGCAAAUGAUCGCUGCAAAGCUAACCCAUGUCCAGCUAAGAUGACAACAUGCAAGAAUACUGCAAAGUCUUAUGAAUGUAUUGGUAAGUGUAUACAACUACUGGAAUUUUUUUACAGAAGCAUUAAUGGUUUAAGAAAUACUGGUAUUCCCAUUUGUAAAACCCAUCAAUUUAACCGUUAGUGCAUUUUAUUGAUAUAAAUAUUAUGGUGAUUAGUUGGAGUUUUACCACGAAUGGUAUGGAUACGUUUGUCUACAACAUGUAUAAAAAAGGUAUUCCAACUUCAGCGUGCUCCUGUGUCAUCAUUUAAUCACCACACUAAAUUAGGAUUACCAUUUUUUUAUACCCACUGUAUAUGUCUCAAAACAUUCUGAAAAUGGUCGAAAACCAUUUCUUUUAUCAAAACAGUUUCGCCUGGUAAAAACAUGUUUUGAAAAUUUUUAGUCGUUGGCAAAGGAGGGACCACAGCAACCCUGGGUAAACAAAGGGGGGACCACAAAAAUUUUUUUAAAAAUUGAAAUAAAUGCCCCAACCUACUCGACACUUUCGGAAAAUUGUCGAAAACCAUUGCUUUCAUCAAAACAAUUGGUUUCGACUGAUAGAAUCUUGUAGUGAACAAAGCUGUAUUAUCUUCACAUGAAUGGUUUUCAGUAAUUGGAAUAGAAUCUCUUAACGUUUCUCUCUAUAUUUCGUUUAGAUGUAAACGAAUGUUCAAAAAAGGGUUUAUGUAAAAGUCCUGAAUUCUGCGUGAAUAAGAAGAAAACUGGGUACGAGUGCCGAUGCCCGAAAGAACUUGUGAGAGACAAGGCUAGCAAGAAAUGCAUUGGUAAGUAAAUGUCUCUUUCUGGAUGGAUUAGAAAAUUAGUUGUGUUGUUGUCUUCAACGGUGUGUUCCAGAGUAGGUACUGUGAUGCCAAUAAUAAUAAAACUUCGAAUUUACCGGUAGGGAUGCAGAAGGAGCUACCUUUACAUCGACUUGAUGUAAAUGGUUAGACUAUAUCCCUUCGAAUCCCCUGUGAAUUGGGCAAUAGCCUUUUGGGAAAUCCGCUGACCAAUGAGUGAGAAACUCAAUAAACAGAAAACUUCGAUGUUUCAGGCAGAGACCCUUCGUCGGCUAAUCCCUAUCAAUCCAAAGCUUUCGUAGUUCUUUGAUUACAGAUAUUUAACAUACUGGUCAUAAAUGAACAUAUGCUUAUCCACAAUUUAGUAUGAACCUUUGAGUUGGGGAAGGGGUCAUAUUUUUAGCACAAUACAAAAACACCAUUGAUAUGAUUUGUAUUGUUUUCUUUGAAUAGUUCCAGAUCCGUGCAAAAGUAAAGAGAGUCCGUGUCCCAGUACCUCGAAAUGUGAAACUAUUCGAUCAUCAUCUGGUACAUCGCACCGCUGUGUUGGUAGGUUAACCCAGAGACCUAGUUCAGACAGUGUAGAAUACUAAAAUAGGGCACAUCUGGGCGUAUUGUCACUGACCAAUGGGAUUAACAGGAUGUACAACAAUCUCCCCUUGAUGACUAACAUGGGAUUAACAAAAUUAGCAAUUACUUGACCUCCAUAGAAAACAACCAGCCUUGGAAACAAAGUUAAUGAAGUCAAGUGUUUUGCAUCACGAAGCCGUUUUUCAUUUUUUAGACAUUGACGAAUGUUUGACUGGCAAGUACAAAUGUGGUGACGGAGAGGAGUGCUACAAUAAGGAGAAUGGGUACGAAUGUCGAUGUGCGAAAGGUUUUACCCGAGAAAAGGGAAAGUGCAUUGGUAUGUCGUUAUGUAAUGAUUAACUUCAAUUAUCCACAUCUUAUAUGUAGAAUACAUAUUGUAUUAUACAGUGUGAUGCUUUCUCAAGUACUAGAUAAAAAACUUAGACUUAGCAUUAUUUUUUUCAGCUGAAAUUGAUCCAUGCAAGGCAGAUCCUCCAGUGUGUGAUAUUAAAACACAACGUUGUGUUUCGGCAAACAGGACUUCUUAUGAAUGUCUUGGUAACACCUUAAUAUUGUUGUAGUUUUUUCUCUUUAUCCAUAACGCUACUGCAGUGUUUUAUGCUUUAUAUGAUUCUUUCUGGACCCUCACGAAGAAGAUUUUAGACCGACCUAACAGAUAAUUGCGUUUUUACCUUUUUGCAGACAUUGAUGAGUGUUCGACGCAAAAACACGAUUGUGAUAAGAAUGCAAAAUGUAUUAACACUGAACCAGGAUUUAAAUGUCAGUGCAUACCUGGUUUUAAGGAAUACGAUAAUGGAAGAACAUGCAAAGGUAAUGUUAUUUUUUGUAUUCGAUGUUUUUGCAUUCAAUAUUUCUGUCACUGAUUUUGUUCGCUUUUUCUCUUCUUCCAAGCUGCAUUCUCGCCUAUCCUUUUCACUCUUCAAAUGUUCUAAAAUCAUUUCGUUGUGUUUUAGAUCUGAACGAAUGCUCAAACAAAUUUCUGUGUGCAAAGCAUGCUAAAUGUACAAACCUUCCUGGAUCUUACAAAUGUCAAUGCAAUCUUGGCUAUUCUGGAGAUGGAAAAUAUUGCAAAGGUACGAUGUUUGUUUCAAUUUUUUCCAUAAUGAUUCUUCAUUGUUGUUGUUCGGUUUCUUUAUAACUCUGUCUGAUUUAAUUUCCAUCUUACUGUACUGUACAUAUAAUGCGUUUGUAAGAAAGGUACCGUGGAAAUGAGAAAAUCUGCGAAGGUAUAAACACCAGUAACUCUCAUUUUCAAUUGCAUUUGAGUUCGACAUUCAAAAGUAUCCUUUAUUUCAGAUAUAAACGAAUGCUCCAAGAAGAAGUUCAAAUGUCCAGCUCAUUCAAAAUGUCACAACACUCCUGGCUCAUACAGUUGCAAAUGUCGUCAUGGAUUCAAGUUGAAAAAUGGACGUUGUUUAGGUGGGUACAGUACCAUCACCACAAUCUUAGCAUGAAUUUAUAUGUGGCUUUCACGAAGUGUUAGCAGAUCACCGCUGAUGUUGCUCAACCAGCCGUUAUCAGAGUGAGAAAAUAAUAUUAAUUCCGAUCAAUACAACGUGAAAAUCUCAAAACGUAUCAACAAGAUCUGUGUACAACAAGUUCGUUGCAAGCUUCUCAUCAAGUUGUAACAAUGCUGUCACAACGUCUUGCCAAGUUGUGAAAUUGCAGGACGAUAGCAAGUUGUUCGAACAACUAGUACCAAGUCUGUUGAGCUCAAUAACCUUGUAGAAAGUUGUCAACAAGCUGGAAACAAGCAUUGCAAAGACGUCCUGUUGGCAAGUUGUUGGAACAGCAUAUUGCUACAAGUGUGGAAAAUUCUCAGUUGGCAAUCAUCUGGUAAAAUCUAAUGCUUAGGAACGCCCCCAAUAAAACAACCUUAUACUGUAUGAACAUAUCUUUCAACCUUUUUUUUAAAUUUUCUAUUCCUAAAGACGUGGACGAAUGCAAAGUGAAUUCUCAUAAUUGCCAUAAGAAUGCCUUGUGUAUCAACUCUGUUGGCAGUUUCAAAUGCCGCUGUAAAAAAGGAUUUGAACACUUGAAGGAUGGAAGACUGUGUUUGAAAGACGGUUAGUUAAACCUGCUGCUCUAAGUGGAGUGUAGUAUAUAAAUUAGGUAAACUAGGACUUAACAAAAGUCAUAACCAUCAUCAUUCAUGAUAUAUUUUUUCUCUGUUUUAUUUAGAGGAGACAUCAAAAAGCAACAAUACAUUAAUCAUUAUUGUCGCAGUUUCAGCAUCUCUGCUUCUGGUCAUUUUAAUCUCGUGUUGUCUCUAUUGGCAAAGGUAAUAAAAGAAUACGCAUUUCAAGUUUUCAAGCGAGACAUGCAAUCUUCCCCCAAACUAUUGUCGAAAAGUUUUUUCUUUCAUUAAAACGGUGAUUUUCAGCUGAUAAAAACAUGGUUAAAAUAUUUUUCAAAAUUCCAAUCGCAGUUUCUUGUUUAAUUUAGAAGGAAUAAGAAAUGCAAGAAAAAUGAUAGCGAGGAGUUCAAGACGCUUUUAGCCGAUCAGGUCGCUCAAGACUAACAAUGACAACAAGCUGUGUUUUAUCCUCGUGGAAAGAAUUAUAACGUUGACAAGAAAUUAAGAAGUAUGCAUGAAACAUAAGCAAACAAUUCUUGUAUAAAAUCGUGCAAUAAUAUUUACAUACCUGUAACAGAAAUACUUCAUCUUUUACAAUAAAACUUAGAGUUCUUUCUCUAACGCAACCACAAAGAACAACAUGUGGAUGAAUGCUUUGUCGUUUUAAUUAUGCUUGUCAAUGCUUUGGUUUGAAUUUAUUGCUUAGAGUUUUUCUUCGUAAUUCCUCCUUUUAUCCAAAUUAUUACAAUUAUCUUAUCCUUCCUUCCUUCCUUCCUUCCUCCCUCCCUCCCUCCCUUCC